AUGCGCGCGCGGUGCAGGGCGUGCUCGGACGUCAUCGUGGGCCCGUCGGUGGUGUGCGACAUCUGCCUCACCGACGUCCACAGCCACUGCAUGCAGCCUUGGCAGGGGCAUGCAGUCUGCUUCGCCUGCUUCGCGGACCGCGACGUCGCAUACGGUCGUCGGCAGGCCGCCUGGUCCAGCGGCCUCGCAGGGCAGGUUGGCCGCAGUGUGGCAUUUGGUGCGCAGAUGGCUGGCCAGGCUGUGGGUGCCACCCUCGGCGCCGCAGCGACGGGGAUGCAGCGCCUGGCUGUGGGCGCUGCCGCGGGAGCGCGCCAGACGUGGGCGGCAGGCACGAUGAUGCCUCUGCCUGCUCAGCCGCAGCUUCCCGACCAGCCGUCCGCAGCAGCUGCUGAGAGGGCUGGCAGGGCGGACGCGCCCGACGCUGGCCAGGACCUGCAGCGCCCGCCAUCCAGCGCGAUGGAUUUGCAGCUGGCGGAGCUGCGAGAGCUGCGCAUGGAGGCGCAGCGCCUCAGCCGCAGGCGAGCGGCGGAGCAGAGGCCAGUGCACAGCCCUCUGCUGGUGGGCGAGUGGCGCCGGCGGUGGCAGCGUCGGCCGCGGACCAAGCAGCAGUCGCACCUGGCGGAGUUCAGGUGCCUGGCUUUGAGGCGGCAGCUGGCGCUCAUGGCAUGCCUCAGCCGCCGCUGCCGCCCGGCGGACUGCCGCCUGGGCUGCCUCCGAUCGGCCGGGGGCCCAAUGGAUGGCCAGGCGGGCCUCCAGGCGGACCGCCAGGAGGACACGGAGGUGGUGGCGAUGGAGGAGGUUUCGGAGGACCUCCCGGAGGUGCAGGUGGUUUUGGCGGUGAUCCAGGGCGUGGCGGAUGGGGCCGACGAGCAGCACCGAGGAGCCGCGUUUGGCUUGGAGACGGUGUUGGCGAAACUGAAAGACGGCGACGUGCCGAAGCUGGCGUUCGUCGCCGGUGUGAACAAGGCGCACGCCUUCGAGGAGUGGGUGCAGCGAGCUGCCAUGAGGAUCGGGGCGUGGCAUCCCUCCAUCGAUUUGUUCUGGCAGCGGUGGGAGCGCGCGGCGAGGGAGGCGCAUGAGUACUACCUCAGCCGGGGCCCGCUCGAGCGCCCGCUCGUGAAGCCGAACGCCGAGUGGUUCGGAGCCGACCGCCAGAGCCUCAGCAUUGAGCUGCGCUUGCGCCCGCUGCUGUUGGACUCGGUUCCCGAGCAGGUGCAGAGCGGCGCGCUGGCCACCCGACAGACUUCGGUGACCGAGCUCCUCUUCGGCAUCAUGGUGGAGGCCGGCCCCGGCACUCUUCGCGACGGGAAGCUAGUGCUGAGGGAGGUGGAGCGGCGCGAUAACAAGGCCGCCGCCCUGGCGCUUUGCUACCAGGAGCUGAACUCUUGGAAGUUCUCGCUCACUCGAUUGCAGCGUCUGUGCAUGGCUGCGCCGGAUCCGGUCACGCAGCUGGCGACGUUGCGAGGCAUCGUCAAAGGCAUGGCCGAGGCCGACGCGAAUUUCCAGUACAGGAUGUUCGCGUGGGAGAUGCAGCGCGGCAUCUCGGGCGCCAGCCAGUGUUCGCAGCAGCAGGUGGAGGAGUUCUGGCGGUGCCUCGCCGCCGAGGCUCGUGAGCUCUGCGACGCGCCCCAGGGGAAGGGCGUGAAGGCGUUGGCAGCGACGCGGGAGGCGAAGGAGGCCAAGGGCGGGGGCAAGCAAGGCAAGCCCGACGCCAAGGGCGGCAAUCCCGACGCCCGCGCCAAGGCGAAGGCGAAGGCGAAGGCUAAACCCGCUGCCAAGGCGGCGACAGGAGGCAAGGAAACGUGCCGGUUCUUCGACAGCAAGGCCUGCUGCAAGUUCGGCGCGACUUGCACUCGCCACCGCAGGAAGCUCGAGGUGAGCGAGGGCAAGUGCUUCAACUGCGGGGCCGAGGACCAUGAUAAGGCAGCGUGCCCGCGGCCGAAGCCCCCAGCAGCCGCUGCCGCUGGAGUUGCGUCGGCAGCAUCGGCUGCCGCAGUUGCGCCCGCGGCUGCAAUGACCGCCGAGGCGCUGCAGCAGGUGGUCAGGGAUGCCGUGGCGGCAGGAUGGCUGGGGCCAGCCAUCGGGGACCCCGGGUUCGAGUGCAGCCUCAGCUCAGGCCGUCGCCGACUGCUGGCUGACACCGGGGCCACGCAUGAGUUGCAGCACCUGUGGCCUAACCAGCGUCCGCCCGUGCCUUGCCAGCGCGUCGACCUCGCGCACGCGACCGGUCAGCAAGCUGGCGUGCUGAUGGGGGCGGACGAGGUGGUGUAUGUCCAUUCCCCCACGGAGUUGCAGGCCCUGUUCCCGAUCGGCGCGUACGUCGCCGAACUCAGCCUCGAUCUUCAGUGGGGUCGGGAUCGAGCCCGCGUGCUGCUGCCAGGCCAGGAUGCGAUCGAGCUGGAGCUCGAGGGUGCCACGGCGUACAUCUACGAGGACGACGCCCAGCGCCUCCGCGCGAUGAGGCAGCAGCUGCGCGCGCGAGCCGGCGCUAGGAUGCUGGCGGCGCACUUCGACGUCGUCGUCGCCGCUGUGCAGCGCCUCAGCUUGGAGGAGCAUAAGAGGCGCGGACACCCUUCCUUCCGCCCCGAUUGCUACGAAUGCCGCCUGGCGGCAGGUCGCACGAGGGCGCGCUGGCGGCUGGAUGCGCGGACGCGGCCGGGAGGCCAGCUGUCCGUGGACAUAUCUGGCCCCCAUCCUGCAGGGCUCUGGCCAGGAGCACUGCCGGAGGACCGUCCCAAGAGGGCGCGGUACUUCGUCCUCGGCGCCUACGCGGUAAUGACUGUUUCUGAACGGGCUGCCGCCGCUGGGGCCGAGCAGCACGCGCGCGAUGCGGCGGGGGUGCCGCCGCUUGCAGCCGCAGGCGCGGGUGAGAGGCCCGCAGAUCAGGGGAGGCAGGCUGCCGCUGCGGCGGCCGGGCAGCCGCUGGCUUCGGCGCUGCCGGCGGUGGCCGCAGUGCCGGCUGACGGGCCCGUCGAGGAGGAGGGCGUGCAGACGUGGUACUACGUCAUUCCCCUCGCUGGCAAGCACACGGUGGAGGUGCUUGCGGCCCUGCGCCUGAUGAUCGCGCAGGUGGAGCUCGAGUUCCAGGCGCGCGUGGUCUACCGCGUCCACGCUGACCAGGCGCGGGAGCUCUCGGGCCCGAAGGUGAGCGCAGCGCUCGCCACCCAGGGGAUCGUAGUCACAUCGACCCCGGGGCACGAGGCCAAUAACAACCCCCGCGCGGAGAGGGGCAUCGGCAUCAUCAAGCAGAGGGGCAGAGCCAUGCUCAUGACGAUGGACGCGGCAGACCGCGAGCAGCUGUGGCCGGCUUCGGUCGUGCACGCAGCAGCUCUCCAACGGCGCGAGGCUCAAGGGAAGCCGAUUGGGUGUCCGAUUUUUGGGCAGCCUAUCACCUGCAGGAUCAAGCAGGUUGCCCAGAACGGCCUCGAGAGGUGGGAGUUCGAGACCUCGUCGAGCUUCGUCGUCGACGUCGCGCCUGGAGGUGGAGCCCGGCAGGAGGUCAACGAGCAGGGCGACCAGGAGGAGGAGGAGCGCGACCAGGAGCAGCAGGACAGCCACGAGGAACAGCAUAACAUCCAGGAGGAGGAGGAGGAGCAGGGCAACCAGGAGGAGUCUGAGGACCUGAACCCCCUCCGCAUCCUGGACGAGGCGCCGAGGGAGAUCACGUGCCCCGCCUGCCUGGGAGCACAUCGUGGGCACACGUGCGACCACAGGUGCCGCCAGGGCCCGUCGACCGACCGGCCUCAUGACCAUCGGAGGCUGCGGCUUCGUAGCAAGCAGGUCGCGCAUUUCUCGCCUGGAUCCCCCCGGGCCCUUGCUGCAUCCUCUGACUCAGCUGCCGCUGCUGCCGCCGCCGACUCCGACUCGGGCGGCGCGCCGGAUUUCGUCGAGAUCAUCAAGGACAGUGGCGUGCAGCCAGUCUCGAUGACCGAGCUGCGGAAUGCUAUCGGCACCGAGCGUGACGAGCGGAAGCUGGCCAUGGAGGCCGAGCUCGCCUCCUUCGCAGAGAAGGAGGUCUUCGAAGCCCUCACCGAGAGUGAGAAGAUGCAGGUACGAACCAAAGACUUGCUCCCUAUGAAGGGGGUUGCUGGCAUCAAGGCGCCAGAUGCUUCGGAUCUGGCGCAGCGGGGGCGCAAGAAGUUCCGCGGGGUUGUUUGCGGCAACUUCCAGAAGCAGGUGCCGGGUGAGGUCGUCUUCACGAGCAACGUGGAGAUCCUCAGCGCCAGAGCCGCUCUCGCCAUCGCGAGCUCCUGCGGCUGGGCGCUAAAGGCGUUGGACGUGUCCACGGCCUUUCUGAAUGCGCCUCUCCCGGAGGAGGCUGGGGAGGUCUUGGCGCGCCCGCCGGGGAUCCUCUCCUCGUAUUGGCUCGUUGGGCGCGACGAGGUCUGGAGGGCCAAGAAGGGCAUCUACGGCCUCCGCAUCGCCCCCAGAGCCUGGGGCUUGAAGCGGGACAGGCAGAUGCGGGCGAUGAUGUUCGAGGUCAACGGCGCGCAGUGCAGCUUGGUCCAAUCUCGCUGCGACGCCUGCGUCUGGAACAUCGUGGAGGACGUGCCGACGAAGACCGAGAGCGAGCAGAAGUCGCUGGGCCUGGCGCUGGUCUACGUGGACGACUUCUUGCUCGCCGGCGCGCCCGGGGCGAUUAUGGCAGUGGAGGCGGUGAUGACGGCGACAUGGACGUGCUCGGUCCAAUCGCUCAUCGACCGUGCGCACCCUGGCACGAUCCGAUACCUUGGGCUUGAGGUGGGGGCGAGGGCCGACGGGGCGUUCGUGGCCCAUCAGGCCGCCUACCUGGAGGAUAUCCUGGCUGGGUGGCAGAUGACGAAUGCCAAUGCGUGCGGCACCAUCUCCAUCGAGCCGCUGGGGGAGGAGCUGGGCGCAGAGCCCGAGCUCUGCGACGUGCGCCUCGCCCAGAAGCUGGGCGGCGGGCUGCUGUGGCUGUUGGGCCGCGCCCGCCCUGACAUCGCCUUCGCUGUCAGCCGGAUGUCAGCGCGUGCGACUAUAGCACCUCAGUGGGCGCUGCGCCUUGGCAAGCGCAUCAUGCGGUACCUCCUGGGCACGCGCCGCCAUGGGCUGUUCUUCCAGGCGGUGCGCGGCGACGGGAACGGGCUCGAGCUGCACGCCUUCGCCGACGCCAGCUUCGAAACUGAGUACUUCCAGACCGGCGUCGCAGUGUACCUGGGGGAGUGCCUCAUCGACUGGCGAUCCGUCAAACAGGCGCAGGUGGCGAGAUCUACGGCGGAGGCUGAAAUUACGGCCCUGGCGAUGGGCUCGGUCAUGCUGGAGGGCGCGGAGGCGAGCCUCGCGAGCAUGAUGGUGCAGGUGCCGCUCCCCAGGAUGUGGGGCGACAACGUUGCGUCGCUGUGCUUGGCCCGGGGCCAAGGCAGCUGGAGGACGCGUGCACUCUCCAACAGGGCGUCGGCCCUCCGCAGCAGGGUGGAGAGCGAGACCCUCUUGCUCGACCACGUCGGGUCGAACGAGCAGCGGGCAGAUGGCCUCACGAAGGUCUUCUCGGUGCCCGCCAUGGCCCGGAUCAGGGACCACUUCGGCCUCCGGGUGUUGUAA